UCAGUUUCAGGGUCCUGGUAUUUUACAUGCUGGCUCACUGUCACGCUAUCAUGACUUACUGGGACUCCUGAAUCGAACAGAGCUGCCAUUAAUGUUAUCAAUAACACCUGUGCUUUUCCUACUAUGACGAGUCAAUAUGUCCACUGUGAAAAAGGCCCGACUCAAAAUCUCUAAUGCUAAAUCCAAAACUAUUUCCAUAACAAGGAGCAAGUGAGAAAAUAUGUUUUUGUGAUUUGGGUGAUUUCACCCUUUAAUCUUUGUUCCCAAAAUGAAGCGUGAUUGCCUUGAUUUGAAAUAAACAUGAUGUCAUCUCCUCUCCAAGCAGGUAGAUGUGCGUGUGUGUGUGUGGUGCUCUGUUGGGCCAGUAUGGAGUGUGUGUGUCUGAGAAGGUGGGCGUCCGGCUCUGCUGUCAUAUUCCUUCACACACUGGCCUUGUCCUGGGCAGGUGCAAUUGAGCCCGCCCCCAAAAUUGAUGGACGGCACCAGGCAGCUGUGACACUGCAGGAGAACAUCACACACAGGUUCAACUGCCAAUCAGACGGCUGGGAUCCUCAUGCCCCGCCUUUGCUGACCUGGUACCUGAAUGGGGAGCAGCAGAGCGAGCCGUCACCGAACCGUGGCCGCCUGGUGAUGACAUCGCAAGAAGACUCUGAGGUCAUGAGACCUAGGGCCAAUCACAACAGCACCUUCUCUCUGCGGGCCAGAAAGUGGGACAGGGAGCUAGUGUGUGUUGCGUCAAACCCCAGGUCAGGAGAGAGCUACAAUGCCACGGUCACACUCAACGUCCAGUUCCUGCCAGAGAUCCUCAGGGUCAAUGCCCACUACAGUGAAACCUCAGACCCUGGCCUCUCCCUGGUCCUCUUCGCCUUGGUCCGGUCCAACCCGCCUGCCACCAUCACCUUUGUGGACCAGUCUGGCCAGCUGGUGGCCAACACCUCUGACUUUUUCAUCCUGGACUCACGAAGCUACCCCUGGCUGAUGAAUCACACGCUGAGGGUCAAGCUCAGCAGCCUAUCAGAGAAUGUCUCGCUGAACGCCAGCAACAGUGUAGGAGCAGUGCAGAGCAACCUCACACUGGCAGAGUUCCUGCAGUCUCGUGUGGAGGUGCCGAUGCUGGGAAUAGUGACUGGGGGAGCUAUGGCCUUCAUGGCCCUCCUCAUCCUCAGCCUGAUAGUUCUCUGCCUCAUGCAAAAAAACAAGAGCAAGUCCUUUGAUGAGUCAGUGGAGAUUUUGAUGACCAAGAAAAGUGACUCUGCCAAUCUGAAGACUGAGACAACUGAUAAGACCUACAUCCCGAGAGAGAACAUGUCUCUGCCUUCCAACAUGCAGCUCAACGACCUCAGCACUCUGAGAAAAGCGCGAGAGGCCGCCCAACAGAACAGUGUGGGAGAGAAGAAAGAGGAGGAGGAGGAAGAUCUGUCUUUAGCCUACGCCGCCAGAGGUUUUGCCAGAUAUCCAAUGGUGGGCUACAUUUAUAAGGUGAACAGCACAAGCAGUGAGGAGAUCUGGCUCUGAAUGACCUCAAAGUAACACACAUCACACACAUACUGUACAUGCAUGCAUAACUACUUACAAACGGUGCAGCUGUGCAACAAGAAACCCAUAACAACUGCCAGUCAGUCAUUCAAACACUCAUCAGUCACCUUCAAGCUGGACCAGGAUGAGCAGGAGAUCUGUUUCUGGACCACACACAGUAUCAGUACGCUAUGUUUUUCUGACUCAAACAUGAAUGUGAAUUUCAUGUCCACAAAAACAAACCUGUCUGUGUUUUAGUCUUUCUGAAUCGAGUGCUCGGGUAUUUACACUGAUGAUGUGUUGUGUCAACAAUGCAAACUAUGAACUUUACAUUAAAAAUGCUCAUGUUCUCUAUGUUUUGACAUGAUUUCCUCCUGUAAGCACAUGCUCAUAAUGUCCUCCCCCCUGUUGCAUUACUGGAAUGCAUUAAUUGUUCUAUGCUAACACCAGAAUGUCUAAGAUAAUGUACUGUACGUGAGAUUUUACAUUUUGACCGAUAAUAUCCAAAUAAAAUGGUACAUAAGUAUAAGAGUAUGUAUUUGUAUAUGGACAUGUAACAUGUCAUGUACUGUAUAUUUGUAUGCAUAUGUAUAUGUGUAUAAAAGAGGACAUCUAAUAAAGAUAAUAUUGAAAUUGUAUGAAGUGAA